CGAAGACAACGUCUCCCAUGCUCGAUCCUUGCCCUGUCGGUGCAAGCAGACUCAUGCUCUCGGAAGCCGAUGCUGGUAAGAGUCUUCAUCACCCCAAAAGUCAGGACAGGUGGCGGAUCACGUCCUGAACUAGCUAUCCUGCGCUUUGAAACCUUCAAUCAUAGCCAAUUCAACAUACUGGCUACCAGCUUCUUGGCCAUAUGAGUGGAACUGUGCGAUGGUCGCUCGACAGGAGUCCUUACUGUACAGCUGAUCAAGAGUUGGAAGCAUGAUAAAAGUGGUUUUUGGGGUUUUCUAGGAAAGGCAAAAGACAAAGUUGUUCCAUAGCUUCUCUGAAGGUGAAGGUGCGCAUCCUCUCGUUCUCUAAUCAUGCAGUCAGGCUUGGAGUUGAAACUCUAAUGCAACCAAGUUCGCAUUGAACAAACCCAACAAUCUAUGGCUGCCUCUGUAAUGAUCGGCGAGUAGAGGCUGAGGUUGAGCGAAUGGAGGUGAUAGGACUUUUGGACUUUUUUCCCCCUUUCGCCUCAACGCUGUCCCACUCAAGCAAGGCGCCUGGAUUUCGAAAAGCGACGCUCAGAUGUUAACACGUACACUAUUCUUAAAGCUCGUCGUCGGUGCAUCAUUUGUCAUGUACAGUCGGUAUGUUGACAGCAGAUGUAUCUCAAAACGACCGAUUUACAUCUCGUACUGCACAGGACAGUCCUUAGUCUCGCACCUACUCCUACAAGUCGGUCAUAGUGGCCGGAACUUUUGCGACCGAAAGGUCGUAAAGCAGCUCCCUCCUCCAUCAAUCUGUGGCCUUUCAUGAACAGGGUACAGCCAAUCGCUGAUCAAUCGUGUGAGCAAAUUGAGCUGAAAUCACGGUCAUCCAGACUUGCGAAGGUGUAAAGAGAAUUGUAGAGAGUGGACGGAGCCCUACUUCCUCUUCGUACAACACAUUUAAAUAGAAAGGUUGGAUUUAUUCUGAACAAACCAAAUCUUACAUUCCCCAGUUAUGAACAUUCAUCUGUCACGCAAAUAUGUAUCGGACGUUGACACUGACACCUCCUCGCUUUGGUAGGAGUAUGACACGCCUCACACAGCCCGUGAUGAUUCCUGUCAAUUACUGACAGGUGCACAAGAUGGUUGCAAUUAAACCGUCACUCGGAAUUUGAGCGACGUCAUGUACUCAGCAAUCUCUGAAAUGAUCGCCCCGGUUGCUCUUUCCAACUUGAGCUUCAAUUUAAGAGGCAUUUUGGUCGGGGCAUCGCUCCUAUUGCAGCCUCGCAAAGCGGCAGAUAUCAGACGAACGAGCAACGACAGCAGCCAACAAGCACAUAGCGGCAGGAAACAGUUGCCAACGAGAUGCGGUAGUGUCAGCCAAAGAUUGUGACAGCAAACACGCUGCGACAAGGACAGUGAUGCCGAGCGACAGUCUGAAGGGCAGCAUUGGGUUACAAGGUACAUACUUGGAAGAAGAGAAGAUGGUGAGUAAGAAACAGAAAAAGUAAGAGAAGAGAAGGAAGUUAUGCUCGGAUCUUGACGGAGCUCUGAUGAAAUCUCAAACUGGAGGAAAUAAUACUUUCUGUUCAUGGUUUUUCACUCUAUGAUUUCAGCCCUUGUUUUGCUAUAAGACGCACUAUAAUGGAGGUAGAAUUCUUAAAUUUUCUAUUUU